UCUCUCUCUCUCUCUCUCUCUCACUCGGUGACUCAAGAACAUCAUGCCAGAUCUCUCAAGAUGCAGUUUCAUGACUAGAUCUGUGAGGAUUUCACCAGAUCGAUGAAGGUCUGCAACCCUUGUUCUAGGAAUCUUGAAAAUCUUUCAUCAUUCAAACGAUACCUGAAUCUCUAAUCCCGCCCAAAUCCUUUUCUCUUUGCAGUCCCGGUUCAAAUUUUGAAUCCCUAAUUGAAGCACAUGAAACCCUGGCCACAUAUUUUCACAUACAUCCCGAAAAGAUGAAAAAAAGGCAGUUGGCACCAAAUCACCUCCCAUUCUCUUUCGGUUCUCUCUCAAUACACUAUUACCACACAUCGAUUAGCCCCUGUUCUUCGUCAUCACCAAAUGGCACCCAGGGUUCUGUUGGAUUUGCUAUUGGUCUUGCAGCAAUGGGGAAUCACACUAUAGCGGAAUUCGGAAAUUCAAUUUGCAUAUUACUUUUUUCCUGCUUUUGAUCAGGUAUCUUCUAUAUGGAGACGUAUCUGCAAAAGCAGGCCAUAUGUUUUCCCAGCCUGAGGUUUCUGAUUUCUUUGCUAAGUUAAUACAAAGGGUCUCACCAAAGAGUUACCAGUAGGCUCUCGGUGUAGUUUAUGUUACCGGAAAGUUUUUAGAAAACUUUUCUGGUGAUCAGGUGCGUUUCUUGGCAAGGUCGUUCGGAGUACCUGGGAAUCAUCUUGGGCAACAAAGUCAUGGUUUCCGAUGGCCAUAUGGCCCUGUGGCGUUAAUUACACCUUUUAAUUUUCCUCUAGAGAUUCCGGUACUCCAGUUGAGGAUGUCGACUUUAUUAAUUCUGAUGGAAUGACGAUGAACAAGCUGCUGCAAGAGGCAAAUCCGAGAAUGACCCUUUUUACGGGUAGCUCGAAAAUAGUAGAUAAGUUGGCUUAUGACCUGAACGGACGAAUUAAAGUAGAAGAUGCAGGAUUCGACUGGAAAAUCCUCAGGCCUGAUGUUCACAAGGUGGAUUAUGUGUCAUGGGUGUGUGAUCAAGAUGCAUAUGCAUCUAUUGGCCAAAAAUGCCUAACACAAUCGUUGUUAUUCGUUCAUGAGAACUGGAAAAACAGCUCACUCAUGAGUCACCUAAACCACCUUGCGGGGAGAAGGACGCUUGAUAAUUUAACAAUUGGGUCAGUUCUUAGAGCCCACUGGGUUAGACCAUAUCCGGGUCUAAGCCCAAACAUUGAGUGCGGUUCAGACAAUCAGGUGGCAAUUGGACCGGGUCUGCAACAUGUAUGGUCUUCACUGGCCGGGUGUUGGGGAUAUCAACUUGGUGUGAGUGUGUUUGGGUGGGGGAUGUAUACCGCAAUAGGUGGGGGCUGUUGAGUGAGUUUGGUGAUAAAUAGGUACACCUUUUGGUCUGGGAUUGUAUAAGAAGACUUUUUGGUGAAAUCAGACUUCAAAGAGAAGAGAUUGCAAACAUCCCAAGUAGUUAACAACCUAAUUAUCUGAUGCAUUGAAUUGUUGUUGGGCGCUGUCUUCAACCCAGACACAUAUUUUGAACAUUCCUUUUUUAAUAAAUAGCUAAGUGUGCCAAA